UGUCACACUUGAUAUUGCAACCUAUGGUUUAGGCGGUGUAGGCUGCAAAAUUUCAUGACUUUUGUGCAAUUUGAUGCAAUUUCGGCUAAAAUUGAUAGCUGGCCGGGACUGAACCGUUCACUAUAAUAUCAAGUGUGAUACAUCACUGGAUGCCUUUUUUGGCGUAGAUUGUAUUGCUGUAUUCCGUCUCACACGGAAUAAUACUAUUUUCAUUAUUCCUAUCACAGCAAUGGGUGUGAUACCCGCUCCAUUUGAGUGCUCACAACUCAACCGAAGCUUAAAAACCUUAGCUUUAAGGAUGCGAGAGCAUAUGAAAAGUGGACUGAUUGUUGGUCAGUUCUUGGAAAAGCACCCUCUUGUAGAGAAAGUAAUUCAUCCUGGUCUGCCUUGUCAUCCCCAACACGAUUUAGUAAAAAGGCAGUGUUAUGGGGUCAGUGGAAUGCUGUCAUUUUAUUUGAAAGGGGGUCUAUCAGAAAGCAGAAAGUUUCUUAGUUCCCUGAAAGUCUUCACUCUGGCAGAAUCUCUUGGUGGCCAUAAAUCAUUGGCUGAACUUCCAUCUGUCAUGACUCAUGUCUCAGUCCCAUCUGAACAGCGAGCUGAGCUUGGCAUAACAGACAAUCUUAUUCGGUUGUCUGUAGGUUUGGAAGAUUCAGAAGACUUGCUUGCAGACCUAGAUCAGGCUCUUAACAAAAGCCGUUUUGUCAAUGAAAUGUAACAUGUCUAAUACCUACCCCAAUUUUAACUCAAAUAAAAACUGUCAAAUUCAAAAACGGAUUUUAUUUUUAUGAACAUAUGACAUAAGUACCGGGUGUCCAGGCUAAGACAUGCCAGUACGUUGGGUUGCCUAUGGACUGGCUGCAGGGGCCGCAGGUACGGGAUGGGUGGC